AUUAUCCUUUGAGUAUGCUGGCCGAAAUGGAGACGAUGGCUUAUGUAGCUGAGAUCAGACUGAAUGGAGGUAAGGGGGCCUGGAGCAGAGGGGCUCCCUCCUCCUGCCCUGAGGUGGACCUGGAGGUCAUCGAGGAGUACUUGCAGGAGCACUCACUGGAGGUCCAGCCUGCACACACAAGCGCUUCACCUCCAACCACCAUGGGGCAACAAAUGCACGCACACUCCCAACAGGGCACCAGGAUCAUAGAGAACAGCUGGUCAGGUCAGCAUCCAUAUGAGUGGCACUGUGGCUCUCACACUCUUCAUGAGGAAUAUGAAGAGCAAGCCCUGCCUCCCACCUGGACUAAUCCCCAUGACAACCAAUGGGACCACGUUGCAUAUUCCUAUGUGGCACCGGCAUACAUUGACUCAGACUCGCUGUCCAGUAGCUCCCAGUACCAGGAGUACCGAGAUUCCCCAUCACCAUUGUCCGACAGGGGAUGCAGGAAUGACAGAGACUCCCUGCCUCUUGCCCCACUUUCAGGAAAGAGGAAGGAGCGGUUGUUCCAGUUCCUGUUCGAGAUGCUCCAGACUCCAUCGAUGCGGAGCUGCAUCUGGUGGGUCCAAUCGUCCUCUGGCACAUUCCAGUUCUCCUCCCAAAACAAGGAGCGCCUGGCGCAGCUGUGGGGACGGAGAAAGGGUAAUCGCAAGACCAUGACCUACCAGAAGAUGGCCCGGGCGCUGAGGAACUACUCCCGCACCGGAGAGAUAAAGAAGGUGAAGCGGAAGCUCACCUACCGGUUUGAUGAGAAGACUCUGAGAGGCCUUCAAGGAGACUCUAAUACAUUGUAGGAAGAAUGAUGGAGAGUGUAUAAAAGCAUAGAAAUAGAAUAAGAACAAUAGAUAUUCAGAUGGUUGUCCCAUUAAAGUGUAACUCCACCCGCUGCCCAGAUUAGAGGGCGUUAACAUUAGUUUUUCCCCACCGGUCAACUCUAUGUCAACAUUGGCCUUGCAAGGUUUAGAGCUGCUAUAACAUAGUAGAUGGCGUGUUGAGAAAGUUUCAACCCAUGAAAUUCCAAUUUUCA